GGCAGUGGUGACGGCCAUGGCGGCUCAGCCGAUAGCCUGGAACGCUGCAGCUAACUCGGGUCGGGAAAAUGCGACAGCGACUGCCCACUCGAGGUCGUCAUGGCGACAGCCAGUGAACGUGUUCCUCUCCUCAGGCAGGCCCCCGAGUGUAAAGGAGCUGCUUCGAGAGGCGCAGCUUAAUCUCCAGAGCCUGUUGCAAGAAGAAUAUGAGGAACAGUACUCGGAGGUCAGACUGCUGGGGCAGACCUUCCGCUCUGCUGAUGAGGCCCCUGAGCCCACCCCCAGCCCAAGGCCUCAGUCUGCCAGGCGUCUGGAGUUUGUAUUGAUGCCUACAAAACAGCAGCUGAGCGAGGAUGAGACUACCACCCAGGGUGUGAGGGCCCCUGAGGCCUCCCUGAGCCUGUCUACCACAGCCGACAAGCAAGUUGCCUGGAAUAACCCCUUCCCUCUGCCCAUCCUAGAGGAGAAGUGGUGGCUUCAGCCUUGCUCCACGCACUCUGACAUUGUGCCCAUCAACAUCUCUGGGCAGCAGUUUGAUAAACACGCAAGUUCAAGACACUCCUUGUUUAACACAGAGACAGCCGUGAACCCCAAGUCCACCCUGAGGCGGAGGCGGACCAUUAUUGGAUUCUCUAACUUUUCCCAGCGAGACCAAGGUCACAGCAACAGCCCCACAGGCAGGGCAGCUCACUCUACCAGCUCAGACAUCAAGCCCAGUCAUUCCGUUCCAGAAGGUGUUCAUGGAAGAGUUGCAGUCGGUCAGGAAGCUCGUUUCCCCUCACCGGUACUAAGAAACCCUUCUAGAGAUCCGGAAGAACCUCCCCAGGCACGUGGUGGCACCAAGCCUCCUAGCAUGGAAAGCAUGGGAAUGGUGUAUAGCGUCCCCAGUUCUUGCAAUGGCCCUACAGAAUCGACAUUCUCUGCUUCCUGGAAAGGAGAUGCUUUUACCUAUAUGACUCCAAGUGCCACAGGUCAGAGCAAUCAAGUCAAUGAAAAUGGAAAAAAUCCUUCCUCUGGGAAUUCAUGGGUCUCUCUGCACACACUGCCACCUCUGGUUCCUAAGGAGGCUACCACACUCUUUGUCACUCGUGAUAACCCAGCAGGAUGCAGUGGGUCAGCUGGCUACUCUGAGCCCCCUACGCAACGAAGGCAAGUAUCAGAGCGACCCUUCAAGAUUGGACUUCUGACUGGUGGUACCUCAAGGCUGGAGACAGGCCCAGGUGGGGCCAGCAGGUUCCGGGAGCGGUCACUGUCUGUGCCCACAGACUCAGGCACCACCGAUGUGGACUAUGAUGAGGAGCAGAAGUCCAGUGAAGCCUGUGCCCUGCCUUAUGCCAGUACCAGUUCUGAGGGCAGUAACAGUGCUGACAACAUUGCCUCCCUUAGUUCCCAACAGGAGGCCCAGCACAGAAGGCAGAGAUCCAAGAGUAUCUCACUGAAGAAGGCCAAAAAGAAGCCUUGCCCACCAAUGCGCAGUGUCUCACUGGUCAAAGAUGAGCCAGUUGCCUUGCCAGAAGGUGGGUCAGCACUACCCAAGGACCAGAGGCCCAGGAGCCUUUGCCUCUCCUUGGAACACCAAGGACAUCACUCAUCCCAGGGUCACCCAGCUGUGCCCACCUUCAAAGAUCCAGAGGGUACACAAUUCUCUCACCACUGGUAUCUUACUGACUGGAAGUCUGGUGACACCUACCAGUCAUUGUCCAGCUCCAGCACUGCCACUGGCACCACAGUCAUUGAGUGUACCCAAGUUCAGGGCAGCUCAGAGUCUCUGGUCUCCCCUUCCACCUCCAGAGCUACUACGCCUUCCCAACUCUCCAUCGAGGUAGAGGCCAGGGAGGUACCCUCUCCAGGAAGGCCCACUGGAUUGAUGUCACCCUCUAGUGGAUACUCCAGCCAGUCAGAGACACCAACACCCACUGUCUCCAUGUCCUUGACCCUGGGCCACUUGCCCCCUCCAAGUGGCAGUGUCCGGGUGCGUCCAGUGGUGCCCGAGAGGAAGUCAUCACUACCCCCAACAUCGCCAAUGGAGAAAAUUUCCAAGUCACGACUAUCAUUUGACCUACCAUUGACCUCUUCGACCUACCUGGAUCUGUCUGGGAUGAGUAUCUCCAUCCGAAGCAAAACCAAGGUGAGCCGGCAUCACUCAGAUACAAAUUUUGGGGCCAAGCUGGUCCAGAAAACUAGUCCCAAUCAGCCAAUCAUGCCCAUGGUUACUCAGUCUGACCUCCGUUCUGUUCGGCUGAGGUCAGUCAGCAAGUCUGAGCCAGAAGAUGACAUUGAGAGCCCUGACUAUGCUGAGGAGUCGGGAGGAGAAGUCUUCACCUUGCCAGAAAGAAAGAUAAAACCUCCCAUAGCUGAGAAACCCCUGCUGGCCCGAAGGCCUGCAAGCUUGAUCCACAAGCCACCAUCUGUCCCUGAAGAGUACCCACUAACUUCGCCUACAUUGGUUAUGACCCCUAAGAGCUCAAUUCAACACAUGAGACCAUUCCCUCCAGACAUCUACACGGUGGUGCGGAAGCCAAAGUCCUCCAGCUUCCCUGAGGCCAGAAGCCCAGGAGAGUCAACAGCACCCUCAUCUCUUAUUUUCACACCUUUUGCCAGUUCCUCUGGUGCUUUCUGCUCAGGAACACAGCAACCUCUCCAGGGAAGUACAGAAGAGGAGGGCUCCAAGGUGAGAUCCCUGCCGGAAAGAAUUAGCCUUCAGAGCCAGGAACAAGCUGAGAAGAAGAAAGGCAAGAUUCCACCUCCUGUACCAAAAAAGCCCAGUGUGUUGUACCUGCCUCUCACCUCACCCACAGCUCAAAUGGAGGCCUAUGUGGCUGAACCAAGGCUGCCUGUCAGCCCCAUCAUUACCCUGGAGGAAGAUGCCAAGUGCCCCCCUACUGGCGACCACCUGCAAUCACCUGGUACAAGGACGACUUCCAUGCCACCGGCUGACGAUGAAACGGAGGCAAGCCCUCCAGGGAGUACUAUGGAACCAAGCACUGAAGAAAAAAGUGUUAUCAGUGAUAAAACAGCUGAAUGGAUUGCAGAAGAUGAUGAUGAUGUGUUUGUGGCUUCACGCACAACUGAAGAUUUAUUUACUGUGAUACACAGGUCCAAAAGAAAGCUGCUUGGCUGGAAGGAGCCCGGUGAGGCCUUUGCCGGAGUGGUGUGCACUAAGAAGAAAUUCUCAGCUGCAAGGGCACACGUGCCAUGUUUGCCAUCAAUGACCGGCUGCUCCAUCCCUUGCUCCUGUAACUGAGGGGCAGAGUGUGAGAGCAGAUUGAGGGCUGUCAAACCUGGGGACAUAGGGAGCCAUUGCUGAUUAUUCACUUUCCUGGUGAGGCCUUGAUGACUUAUAUGAAGAAACAGAAAGACUCUGAUGCCUCUUCAACCACAGUUUAACUCUCUCCCACUAGAGGUUUGCAGGUGUACACUUAUUUCGGCAUGAGUUGAUUGGAUGGCUUUUGUGCAAAAUGUGAAUGUUACUCUGUCCUGAACUUCAUGCCUUUUUCAGUUUGAUUGUCUACACGGUGAUCAGGGUGAUAAAUUUCAAUAACAUACAGACCCCCCACCCCCACCCCUUAGCUAGAAAAGGUCAGGACCGGGUUACUUUGGAUGAACCAAGCUCAGCCAACGAACAAGGCAUCCAUUUGUCCACUCUGAUCUAUCCAAGGUAACUCGCACACACGCCUUCAGAUCCUUCUAGUGUCUUUCAACAAUGAUAGCUAGGAUCUGUGCCCAGCUUAUGCUGCAUUCGAAGAACUCUCAUGUCAUUGGCAUAUAACAUUCAUUACAGGAAGUAAUUAGCUGAACGAACGGCAUCAUCAAAGUCUCAAGGAGGAGAGAAAGUAAGUGUAACUUGCCUACCACCAUUCAGUUCAGAUUGUGGUUUGUGGUUGGUUUGUUUUGUUUAAAGGAAGUCUUACUAUGGCCCAUAACAUUUAAAAAAAAAGGCUUACUUUUUGCCAUUUAGAUUCUGCUGUUUGACCAACUUUUAGUUAACUAUGUGGGGAGAGAGGGUAAGAACUAGGUAAAUUGGAUGCUGAUGGAGCCCCAGAACAAUCAUUGUGACCCCUCCUUCCCCACCCCAAAGCUUAUAGGCACUAACUGUUCUUUUCAGUUCCAUUUUCUAAAGAAAGCCAGAGCAGUGAUUCAUUUGAUUUUCAUAUGUCUGGUUUCUGGGAGCUUGAGGAAAAACCAGACAAAGCAUUGAACAAAGAAAACUGGCUGACCAAUAAUGGAGGGGUAAUUGUGCACCAUCCCAAGAAGGGAAAAGAAGUCAAAUGAAAUAGCAGCCUGUUUCACAAAGAGGGUUCCCCGACCCGUUCUUCCUUCACCCCUCUUGACCCAACAGAUCCAUUGGUCAACCUCCUGAAGGAUGCAGAAACUGCCACCAAGACAAGCAGAUCUUGAUUUUGAUAGGUGAUGUUGCUCACCAAUGAGAAGCAAGCUCUUGGCACAACUGCCCACACUCCAGGGGAUAGAGUAGCUGAAAAACCACACCGAGUGCUGAGAAGACUUAAGCCUCUCACACAGAAGCCCUGGGCCUAGGCUCUUGGUUGGUACAGUUCUGAAUUCUAGACUUCUGAGUACAGAACAAACCCACCCACUCUCUUGCAGUCAGCGCUUCCCCCUGAUUUAGAUUGAAGCCACUUAAAAUAAUAAACAGCAAAAUCCCAGCUGCUUUGGAAAGCAUUCAAACUAUUCGGUUCGAAGGACCUGACCAAAUUUCAGGGGUUUUACUUGAAAUAAAAUAGAUCCAUUCCUGACCUUGAUGUAUAUGUGAGUGCCACACUUGUCUGUCCCAGACCGAGAAUUUCCAAAGAUGCAAACAUCUUGCUCUGUAGAGAAAUGAAGGAGAGUUUGUGUUUUGGCCUCACAAAGGUAAAAGGCAGCCAGGGCCUUCUUAGGAACCAUUAUGAAUAGCUGAACUCUAAAGUCAAGUGUGAGACUCACAUCGUAUAGAACUUGCUACUUCUGCUGAUUUUUCUGGAAGCUUCUUGUUUGCUACUUCUAGUGGGUUUUGCCUCUCCCUGCACCUUGCUACCUCUGGUGGUUUCCACAAAAUAUUCAAAGCUAAAUGCCCAGGCACCUUCAUAUUUGUCAGUUACCUUGAGUCUUACUUUCCUCUACAAUACUCUGUAUGCCUGGGAUUUUUAGAGCAUCUUCUGUGUCAUCACUGUGGCCCUCAAAUGCCCCAGUGGUAUUCCAAUUAGCACAAGAGGAUUUGGGGCAGAGAUUGUAUGGUCAGAGGUAAUACUGAGAACUGGAAAUACUCAUUUAAUGUUUUACAACAGGUGGACCUAGUUCCAAACAAACAACAACCAAACUGUACUACUUCUACCAGUCAUUGAUGAACAUAGCACUGAACAUCUUUCCUAAUCCUAACACCCAACCUGUCUCCUCCCCUUGAUUUUCGUAACACCAACUCCCUCUCCCACCUAGGCACAAACUACAGUAUUUGCUGCCUCUGCACUACUCUGCUGAGACUGUAGAAGAGAGGCUGAAGCCCCUCCAGAAAGGUUUUCAGGGACCCUACUACUGCCACUAUUACUAGUGUGAAUAAUAAUAACAAUUUUUGAAGGCGGAAUACAGAAGAGGCGCAAGUGAAAUAAAGUUGGCCCCAAGAGGUCAGCUUCCAAUUCAAGUUGUUUCUGUCCCUUUGUUUCCUCUGACUCCAACCAAUAGUAGCAGGUGGCUCUGCUAGUCUGACUUCAGGUCAGUCAAGAGUGCAGGAAGUCAUCCCCAGGAGAGGAGGUUAGUUGGCAGCCAAGAGUACAUUGCACUUGGUGGGUAUUCAUUAUAUAUUUGUGGUUCAGAUGUUGAGGACAGAGAGCAAGUCAUUCUCAGUAUAACAGGAAAUUUUGCUGGUGUCUCCUCUCCUUUGCCUGCCUCAGUCUCCCUCGUGGGACUUCCACCUGGCCCAACUUGUCCCUUAGCCACAACCCCUGUGAACCGCAUCCCUAGCUGACAGCUCACCCUUUAAGGAGGCAAGAGCAAGGCAGAAGAUUCAUUCAUGUUAGCUUAAUGACCACAAAUCAACCAGUUGAGCUGGAGACAUCAGCUUGAAUAUGCCAAGACAGAGGAGAUUCUACCAGACGUCCAUUGUAACUGUCAGUCUGAGCAGAUCUGUUCAUGCACCUGCCCUCUUCCUCGUAAACAAACUGUUCCCUAAAAAGACGAGUUCGUGGUCAGCGCUCUUUUCCUACCAGUGCAGCCUUUCAUUCUCACCAAGUCUGUAACAUAAUGAUGAGCUUUCACUUUAGUAUGAUUUGCCAGGGCCAGGAUUAGAGUGAGGUGAGUGAGGCGCUUGUAGUGCAAAGCUUAAGGAGGCGCCCACUCUCAGGGCUGUGCAAGUGCCUUACCCUCGUCCUGGCCCUGCGAUAUGCACUCCAUAAUGUACUAUCAGUUUAUCCCCUUCCUAUGAACAAGUAUGGUUCUUCUGACUUUGGGGUAACUCCCUACCUGCUGUUACACCAGGUGUUUUUAUUACCAUCUGUUUUUCCACUACUGGAAACAUUUGUAUGCUUAUACAUCAAAGACUCUUCAUUAUUAUCAGAAAACAUGGUUGCUUUCUAAGUAACCUGCUCCACGUGGCAAGUUAGUACCUAUUUUAGUAAGGGAUGCCGACAGGAUAGCCCGUCAGCAAAAUAGUGAAUGAGUUGGAGGUCUGUCAUUGGGAUCAUCCGCCUCUUUGUGCUCCAUUCUCCCUAGACCUUGCUUCUCAGCACCAACUCUUCUGAGUGCCUCCUACUUUGUUCUCAUCCUAGUUAAGAAAAGCAUGCUCUCAGGAAAGGGAUAAAUUCCUUUACUUUGAGGUUAUAAGGCUUAAUGCUACCUCUUUUGAAGGUCUUUUGCAGUUUAACAGGGGAAAAGCCUUAUGCCAAAGGAAUGAAAUUCUACUGUAGAAUUUUAGGCAUCAAUUAGUUGCAGAAGUGUUUGUUUUCUUGUUGUUGUUGUUUUUUUUCACCAUCAAAAGGCCAAAUUCCCUGACAGCUAACUCCAAAAUACUGAAAAUAUUUUAAUCUCCUGGAAUUAUUCUAGUAAAUUACUGGUGGUCGAUUCAACCGCCCUAAUACCCAGUGCUGUUCAAUACAGCUCUUAUCAAAGGACUCUCAGAAAUGCUACCAAACGCCACUGAAAAGGCCUAGAUAAUUCAUGGUGUACAUUAACAUUUUUUCACAAAUGGAAUUAAUACUAUUUAUCAUUUGAGUAAAAAGAAAAGGAUUUAAAGAAUUUGUGAAGAUAUGUCCUGUUUGUGAAAGUGAGACUGUCCAAUAUUGUCCGAUCAAUGUCAGUCAUCCAGUAUUGGUGGUGAUGAUCAAACUUAUUGGAGGUACAACUUUACCGAACACAAGCCUCUGCUCCCUGCCAUCUGUGUUUUGUGCUAUGACUUCAGCUUCAUGUGAGAAUCAGUCCAGAUCUACACCACAGCACCCAGUCCCUGCAAAGCCUUUGGGUAUACUUCAGCUGUAAGUGAUUGGGGGUUUAAAAGGAGAAAAGAGAGGGAAAGAGGUACAAAGAGCUGCAUUUGUCAAAGGGCAGCAAAAAUUAUAAUUAUUUAAACAAUGACAUUAAAUAGUUUUAGAAUACUCAGAAACAGAUUUAUAGAGGAAUACAGUAGUAAAUGGUUAUAGACACACAUUUGAGAUGCUUUUAAUAUGUUUAGCAAAAAACCAAUUUGCAUAAGUAAUGGGUUGUGUGAAAUAGGUAUGUACUUUGUUCAGUAAUGCCUCAAAUUUAAACCAGUGGCUCUCAAAGCGUGGUCUCAGGACCACCAGCAGUAGCAGCCCUGGAAUGUGUGUGUGUGUGUGUGUGUGUGUGUGUGUGUGUGUACGCACGCGCGCAUGCAUCUAUCCAGUGAUGUUACUUCUUCAAGCCCCUGAAUCACUAUAGGCACGAUUCUCCAAAUGAUUUCAACCUUCUCGUCAUUUCUGCUAUCAUUACACUGAUCAGUCUCUGGCCACGUGAUAUAUAUUGUUAUAUUAGUCAGCUAUAUGAUGUUGCUUGGUGUUAAGAACUUACCAGAUUGAAUCAACUACUUCCUCAACCUGCAAAAUCUUUGAUUUAACUUAACCAGCACAUCUAGUGUUUUUAUUUAAAAUACUUUUAAAUUCACAAAUAAGGAAAAAGAAAAGGUGUUAAUGUUUGUUUGGUAUUGCCAAUCCUUAAAUACCUGUCUUCACUAUGGUGGUUGUUCUCUAGAAGGGCUCUGGCAGAAGUAUAUUUGAUUUUAAGAUUUUACCUAAAUAGCAGAAUUUUAUAUCAACAAAUUCUCAAACAAAAUAUGAACUGGAACAACCAGUUAACCCCUCUCAGCCUCUCUUUAAUGCUAAGCUUUAUAGAAAUUUAUUCUUUACGUAGUGUUGAGCGUUUUUUAAUGUCCAAUUUUAUAAAAUGUUAGGCAUGCAAAAACAGCAUUGUGCUCAUUGUACAAUUCACCCAAACUCAUGUAUUCCUCCGUAUGUAUGAUGGUGAAGAAAUAUCAAUAUGUCUGUUCUUGUCUCUCCCGAUCAAUUGUAAAUUGCAAAUCUUUUCAUUAAUUUUUAAAUGAGAUAUAUUUACUCUGGCUAGUAGUUAAAAUUUUAUUCUUUUUAUUAUAUUUCAUUGCUACAUUUUUCUACUGACUCCAAAGCUUACUUUGGGGAAGAUUUCUUAUUUCUAGAUUGUUGUAUUUAUCUUAUUUCUAUAUUUAUCUGUAGUCAUGGAAUAUUAGAGCUGAAAGGAACCAACUUCUCAUUUUACAGAUGAGGAACUGAGGCCCAGAAAGUUUAAAUAAUUUACACAAGGUCACACAGUGGCAGGGUCUGGCCUCAAUCUCAGGUCUCCUGCCUCGGGGUCCAGUGUUUUUCAUUUAAAGCACUACAUUUCUAGAAGACCCGCAGCUGGCUUCUACUUUUAUGACACAUAAAUUUCCUAGAUAUUUCAGUGAAAUAAUAUAUAUGCUUUAAUAAAAAAUGGUCAAGAGUUCUUUAGUUCAUGAAUCCAAAGACAGAUCUGAUUUUCAGUUUAGAAACAGUCAUUUCCUUCUGAAUUCAGUAUAUGUGCUCUACUUUGUA